GCACGCUGGCAGGACAAAUUCAAUUGAAAAUUUUAUUUUCAUUAUCAAAGUCCCACUAUUUGGACAGUCCAUUCCAUAUGCUUGUCGUGCUAUAUACUUCAAUUUCCGACACCUGUACAACUUUCUAUGCUAAUCUUGUUCUAUCUUCAUCACCUGUACAAAUUCUUUGUAUUCCCCUAUCAUAAGUCCCAAAGUGAAAGUUAACUAAAUCCACACAUUAUCUUUUUAUGCAUGCCUAUUACUUGCUUCCUCAGAAUUCAGAAAAACCCCAUGUUCCUUUUGCAUUAUAUCUUCUUCUCCGAUUUCAAGAAUUACUCAAAAUGGGGGAUGGCAUGUUUCAAGAUCAAUGGUUUAGAUGUGGUAGUAAUAUGGAGGAUAAAGAUCAUUCUUUAUGUACGAUCACUGAAGGCAAUCAAGAUCGUUGUGAAACAUACAACAAUAAUAGCCCUUCAUCUUCGUCCGUUGUAGAAUCAACGAUCUCAAAUGCAUCUUGUUCUUCUUCGCUUGAAACAAUGGAUGAUGCAUCCUCAUCCACUUCAUGUACUUCGUCUUUGUACGAUUUAUCAAACCUUAUGGCGCAAUUACCUAUCAAGAGAGGGCUUUCCAAGUACUACGAGGGUAAAUCAGAGAGUUUUACAAGAGUGACAAUUGUAGAAGAUCUUCCAAAGAAAGAAACUCCCUAUAGUAGGAAAAUGAAGGGGUGCAAGAGCUAUGGAGCUGGCCUGGAUCCUUAUUACAAGUCAUACACUCUUCCUAAGGCAACCAUAUUGAAGAAAGCUUCAAGGAGAUCAUUUUUAUCAUCUUGUUUUAAUAGAAAGGCAAAUUCUACUAUAAGCAGGAGCAGGUCCCCUCUAAUUCCUGUGCAAAGAACCUAGUUUGUUUAUUAGAUAUAUAUCAUCACCUUAGUAUAUUAACCUUAUUCCUUUUAACUAAAAGACAAAAGGGAAUUAAGAUAGAGACGUUCUGUAUAUUAACUUUUGAAUAAUAUAUUUGCGGCUUUGUGGAAA